CACACGCAAAGAUUAAUUGACAAACAAACAAGUCCUCUUCGCUGUUUCUUCUUCACUUGCCUUUGUGAUGGAGGAGAACAAGGUUGCUAUGCUGGUCAUGGUGGUGCUAUUGCUGCUUGUCCAAACAAUGGCACAAUCUCCAACACAGUCUCCGGCCAAAUCUCCGGUAGCUACUCCACCAUCUUCAGCAUCAGCACCUGCUCCUAAAAGCACAACAAUGCCAACUGUGCCUGCGCCAUCUCCAGUUAAAGUAAGCUCUCCGCCGUCUCCUCCUACUCCAUCCGCUUCUUCUCCGGCUCCAGUACCGACUACUCCAUCCGCCAUUGCAUUGCCGCCGUCUGAAGCUCCCGGACCAGCAAUCAACGGUGCCCUUUCAAACCGAUUCAGUACCUUCGCAGCUGGAUCGCUUGCGGUUGGUGUCUUGAUUGCCGGUUUUGCGCUCUAGUGUUGUUGAUUUACAAAUGUCAUUGUCGAUUUCAUCACUAAACAGUCUAGAGUGACUUUGGUUUAACUUUAUUUAAAUUUCGUUUUGUUGUGUCUUGUUCAUCUUUAGAUUUUGUAAUAUUUGACCACUGUGGAACCAUUGAUUGCAGUUUGAUCUUGAUCUAUCAGUCAAUUUGUUUACA